AUGGCAACACCUUGGUCUUCAUUUGGAAACUCUACCUACCAAACCCUCUUCCCCUAUCAUGAAAAUAAAAGUGCAUUACCAUACAUAUCAUAUUAAGUGUGUUGGUAAAUUUAUAUAUAGAUAGACAUAUUUCUAGACUCUCUACUUAAAUUUGGCAAUUUUGACAUUAUAUUUCCAAAGAUGGCCAAAGAUUUUAGUGAUGAACUUCACUUAGUAAUGUUUCCAUUCUUCGCAUUUGGUCAUAUAAGUCCAUUUGUUCAACUCUCUAACAAGCUCUCCUCCUCUCAUGGAGUUCGAAUCUCAUUCUUCACCAUUCCUGGCUUUGUUUCACGAAUCGAAUCCUUACUCAUUCCCUCCCCCAAAACCCAAAUCAUUCCUCUUCAAAUCCCAUCCAUUCAUGGCCUCACUCAAUCAACUGCCGGAACUUCCGAUCUUCCCCCAUCUGAAGCCGGAAACCUCAUCAAAGCUAUUGAUCUAAUGCAACCCCAGAUCAAAUCUCUUCUAACUGAUCUCAAACCCCAUUUCAUUGUCUUUGAUUUUGCUCAGUACUGGCUUCCUUCUCUUGCUUCAGAAUUGGGUAUCAAGACUCUGUUUUUCUCUGUUUUCUGUGCCAUUUCCGGUGCUUACAUUACAGUUCCGGCCAGACUUUCCGGCGUAGAAGGAGAAGAAAUCACCGUCGAAGAUCUGAAGAAUCCUCCAUUGGGUUUUCCUCAAAGCUCUGAAAUUCGUCUCAAAACCUUCGAAGCCAGAGAUUACUUGUUCAUGUUUCGAACCUUCGACGGCGACCGGAGAGUUUUCGACAGAGUAGUUUCCGGCUUAACUGGUUGCUCAGCUAUCAUAUACAAAACCUGCAAAGAAAUCGAAGGUCCGUAUGUAAAUUUCAUGAAAACCCAAUACAAAAAACCAAUCAUGAUGACUGGUCCCCUAGUCCCGGAGCCACCACCGUCCGGCGAGCUCGACGAAAAAUGGGAAACUUGGCUCAGUCGUUUCCCGCCAAAAUCUGUAGUUUUUUGCUCAUUUGGGAGCGAAACAUUUCUCGACGACAAUCAAAUCAGAGAGCUAACACUCGGAUUGGAACAAACAGGAUUACCAUUCAUCUUGGUUCUAAAUUUCCCGGCGAAUCUCGACGCCGGAACCGAGCUAGAACGAGCUCUGCCUAAAGGGUUUAAGGAAAGAGUGAAGGAGAGAGGUGUAGUGCACUCUGGGUGGGUACAGCAGCAGCAGAUUCUUGCCCACCAAAACGUUGGGUGUUACCUCUGUCACUCUGGUUUUAGUUCCAUUGUUGAAGCUUUGGUCAACGAUUGUCAGUUGACUUUGCUGCCAUUUAAAGGGGACCAGUUUAUGAACUCGAAGCUGAUUGGGUUGGAUUUGAAAGCUGGUGUGGAAGUUAAUAGGAGAGAUGAGGAUGGGUAUUUUGGGAAAGAGGAUAUUUAUGAAGCUUUGAAGAAGAUAAUGGUGGAUUUUGAUGAGGAGCCUGGUAAGACUGUGAGAUUGAAUCAUGGAAAAUGGCGUAGUUUUUUGUUGGACAAGAAAAUUCAAGAUAACUUCAUAUUGGAUUUGGUGAUUGAGUUGAAAGCAAUAAUGGCUAAAUAGUAAUUAAUUAAAUGAAUGAAUUAUAUGAUCCUACUACAUAUUUACUACCCAAUUCUAGUCAUGCAUUUUCAAAUUUCUAAUGUAAUGUAAUUUAAAUUAUUAUUUAUUCAAAACAAUUAUGGUUUAAA